CACUACCCUUUCAGUCCUAACUUUUUUUAAUUUGAGUCUUUUUCUUACGUUCAUAGAAAUAUAACUGCGUUGACUCCCCGUAUCAAACAACAUUCUUGAUAGACAAACAUUGUCAGAAUUUGUGUUAAAAAUACGAGCCUUAGCUGUUUGCAUUAAUAUACUGCUGUUUUCAUUGGAGGCAAGAGAUACAUCAUUAACCCCCUCCUCAAUUGAAAAGGCAGACAAUGUCUCUUCUUUUUUGUCACAGAUUGAGAUAUGAUGCUUUCCUGUGGUACAUUUUCUGCAAAUAUACUUAGAUUUACAAUCCCUAACACUGUGGUCUUCUUCUAAACAUAAAAAACAUCGACCCUCCUUACGAAGAAUUCCAUUUCUGGAAGCUACAUUCGUAACAGUUCUACAUUUUGACGAAGGAUGCUGUUUUUUACAAUAGACACACAUAUUUCUAGAUGUUUGUACAAACAGUCCUGAUGUUGUGAAAGUAUCAUUUCCCUUUAAUUUGAAAUUAGAAUUACGCUCAAAGCUGGAAGCACAAUUUUCUUGGGCUCUGAGCUCAUCGUUGAAGUACUCAAGCACUUUAUGAAGGCCAAAUUGCACUUCCAAACUUUCGAAAUAUUAUAAUGAUCAAAUCAUCAGGUAGUUUAUCCUUUAGUAAAGGAAUUAAAGACAUCCAUAACCUUUUGUUUCUAAGUUUAACGAUCUUAAAUUUCUUACGCAACUUUUCACGUGAUUAUAUAAAUUCCUUAACCCCUUGAUGUUAUCUUUGCUCCUAAUUUUACUUAUCUUUAAUAAUGAUUCCAUAUGGGCAGAAAUAAGCACUUGUUCAUUACCAUAUCUUUCCUUUAAAAUACCAAGAGCUUCCUUGUAGUUAGCUGAAUUUAAUGUUAAGCCACUUACAGUGCCAAGGGCUUCAUCAGACAGAUAUUUUCUCAGGUAAUUAAACCUAUCAAUAUCAUUUAAUCGCUCAUUCUCGUGGAUGGAUACCUGAAAUUGAUCCCAGAAUCCUUGCCACAUAAGAGGAUCUCCGGAAAAAACGGAUAUCUCCAUCUUUGGUAGUCUACAAUCAUUGGAUGAGCUAGAACCAAUUGAAGAUGGAGCAAGGUCCUUCACAGUGUUUAUUUCUGACAACUUAAGAUCUAAAAUGGCCUCUAACUCGUUGGCAGGAGCAAUAAAUGCCAUGCUUUCAACAACAUCUGCUGCAACAGCAUCAGGUUCUAAAGAUUUAGACACAUCGUCAUCGGCCUUUGACAGCUGGUCAACAAUAGACGAUAAGGUUUUCUAAUGACCACGUAGUUUAGCCUGGUUAAGAGACUCCUCUUUUAAAUAAUCCUCUAUGGAUGCUACAGUAGAUUUAAAGAAACAUCUAAUCCCAUCACGACGUUUAACCUUUCUGUCAUGUGCCGACAUUAUCAAAAAAGGACCUCACUUACUAUAAUAAAUAUGAAAGAAUAAAAUUGCAACACCUUCUAACUAAACAACCUCAGUUUACAGAAACAACACAGGUAUUCAAUUUUCAAAGCAUACAGAACCAUUAAGCUAUUCAAUCAUAUUCAGCUUCGUAACAAAAAAAAACAUGUGAGCAAAAAUAUCAUCCAAAGUGAGCCACGUGUUGUAAAAGAGAAAGUUUUUCAACAAAAGUAAAAAUAUAAAAACUGUUAAAGUAAAAAAAUCAAUGUCGCGUAGUUGACAAACGUCUGUCAAAGUAUAGGUAAUGACAAAUGCGCAGAAGUACUUAGGCGAAUAAAAAUAAACAAAUUUUAUCCAAAGAAAUGUUGAAAAUGUAAAACCUAGUAUGCGAACAAGUCAACACAAGCAGAGAAAAUCUUUCUAUCAGAGUGAAAACAUACAGUAAAUAGAAUCGUAAAACGUUCAAAUCGGUACUUCCUGUACAUGCAGAAAAAUAUGAACUUAAACGAAAAGUAAAGCCUGCACAAAAGCAACAGGAAAAACACGUCAACAUAAAUAAAAACCCUUACGGUACCAUGUCAUACGGAACGUUAAAGUCUUACAGUACGUCUUGACUAUGAGAUUCACCAGAUGGUAGUACAAGAAAGCUUGCAAGGUCGCGCCAUGUAAAAACGAGAUUAGAAGACACAACUCUACUUCCUUCUCGAAAGGCUAUUUGCAAGAGAAACAAGAAGCCCUGGGGACUCUAAGAAUUUCCGCGCGCUACCAAAAUAUUUGAUGAAAACCUGCUAAUUCGUUGUGUUAUUGUGCCAAACAUUCGAAGGGGUUUGGUGCAUGAACCUCUGAAGAUAAAGCACACCAGUGACAUUAUAUCUUACAACAAACGCAAACAAAACGAAACGUGUCAUUAAACUCACAUUUUAAAAGAAAUUGCUAACAAAAAAUACAGCCUAUCAUUCAUGGUUGAAAGUCUUGCGAUUGAAACGUCUAUGGUCUUAAACGGCAUUAGUUGACAAAAAAUCAAAAUUUUGAUGUGACCAUCAUUUUCAGCAUACUUUUUUUAUUAACUGUGUCAGUUUUUGUCGAAAAUAAAGCAGUUUUAAUUUUUGGAUAAAUUUUGGCCUAAAAUGGCAUUUAGGUGACAAAAAUCAAAAUUUUGAUGUCACCAUUAUGUUCAGCAUACUUGUUUUGUUAACUUUGCCAAUUUUUGUUGAAAAUGAAGUAGUUUUAAUUUUUGGACCAAUUUUGGCCUAAACUGACAUUUAAGUUGGCAAAAAACCAAAAUUUUGAUGUCACCAUCAUGUUCAGCAUACUUUAUUUGUUAACUGUGCCAAAUUUUGUUGAAAAUAAAAUAGUUCUAAUUUUUGGACCAAUUUUGGCCUAAAAUGACAUUUAGGUGACAAAAAUCAAAAUUGUCACCAUUAUGUUCAUCAUACUUUUUUGUUAACUGUGCCAAAUUUUGUCGAAAACAAAUACCAAUUUUAGCCUGAACGUCAAUACGAGACUUUCCAGUAGUUAAGGAGCUUGGGUACGAAGUUUACAUCUGUGAUGGAGCAAUGUGACAUCCCAGGGUCGAUUUUUUCUCAAAAAAUGCUCCGAAAGAAAAAAACGACGGUUUUAAAGAAUUUCCUAUGCCUUCGGGCGCGGAAAUUCAAAAAAUAUACACGAGGUAGCGUUAAUAUACAGAAUAUAAGCACGUGACCAAAUAUAACCAAUAACAGUACUAUAUACAAAAAAUAGACACAUGCGCAAUGCGCAAUACGCAAUCCUAACUUCUACAACGUGAACAAAACGAAAACAGAAUUCUGUUGAAAAUAACAAAAAGUUAAAGGAGUGGUCCCACGAAAAAUCAAAAUAACUAAUUUUAUCUUAUUUUAUCGGAAAUGUUUUAUUUAUUAUUAUAAAUAACUUUUUUUUCUCGUAUUCCGCCCUUUUUUACAAUCCUGUUUCAAUAGCCAUGACGUCAUAGUUGGCGAAUGAUUUCUUGUGUGUUAAGACAAUUCAGUAAAUAGAAUGAUAUUCUUUCAUAAUUAGAAAUAUUUAUUUUAUUUUAUUUUCACAUAUUAUAUAUUAUAUAUUUUUGUGUUUAUUCUUCCGAGUAAGAGACAUAGACACCACCCUCUUCGGGGAAAACUUGUCUUAUUUUCCACACAACACGCGACGGUAUAACUCGGCGAUUGCCUUUUCCAAGUCGUUAGAAAACGAACCAAAUAAAUUGCUUGUAAGAAGCAAACGGAAAAGAUUUGUUUGUAGGCGUGUCUUGCAGAAAUUUCCCUCGUCUCGUGUAAGCAUAUUAAAACGAGACAAAGUUGCUUGAAAUCCUCAUUCUCAGUUAUACAUUUUAUUCCUAAAAAAACAACGGAUAUUUGUACCAUACAUACCAUUAUUAUUUCAUAUUUUAACAAUACUUUUUAUGUAGCUUAAUCAUAUUUAAAAAAAUAUGUUUAAGCACAUAUACCUUCCGUGCAACAAAGACAAUCAAUCUCCCUAGUUUCAGUCUUGCAGUUAUCGCACUUGCACCAUUCGUUUCUGCCAACACGAAAACUUUCCCAAUGUUUUCACUAAGAAUAUCGUUUCUUUCUCAGUUACAAUGUUUUUAUUAUCAUCUUAUUUAGUGGUCUCGAAUUAAAAAAAGUUGCAGCCAUGUGCCUGUAAAAAGCUCAUCAAAGGUUUCCAUCUCAUUAUCACCGUCCUCAUCUUCUCUAAAAUUGUUUUCUUCUUCAAUAAUAUCAUACUCUAAUUCUUCUUCGCUGUGUCUGUGUUCAUAUAUGUGAUCUGAGUAUCAAGCUUUUCUUUCUCUCUCUAUCUCUCUCUCUCUCGACACUGACAUCGCCAAUUAUGACGUCACAGCAAAAGGUUCUUAAUAAAAAGACAAUCUUUGCGCAUUGAUUAAAAGAUCAAUAAACAAUUUUUCGAAAAAAGAAUAAAAACUUUAUACUAAUUGAAUAGCGGAGAAUCCAAAGAACAAAUAAAAAAAAAUCGAAAAUUUCGUGGGACCACUCCUUUAAAAAUCUCUUUUCACGUUUCAUCUUCGCACAUUUUCCUUCUCACAAAACCAGGAAUGCACAAAAGUCUUUGUGUAUAAUAAACUGGUGCGACUUUGAAUUUUUACCAGCUGUCGGUUUCCGAUGAUCUUUCUUUUAAGACAAGAAAAAGUUUAACCGUCAGUUGGUAAAAAUCGUAAACUUCUGCAACACGUGAAAUCAACUUUUGUUGCGUUUAAUUUCUUUCUAAAUAUAGGAUAUAUUACGGCAGAAAAGUUUAGAAAGAAAAAUUUCGAAUUUUUCUAAAGAAAUAUUCCACGUGUAUUCUCGCUUUUACGAGAAUUUAAUUUCCAGAUUUUGACCCUAAAUUGCCAAAUUAGUUCCGCAAAACUUACGAUUAAAUUCAGCGAAUUUCAAUUUUUUUAUGACGAUUUCUCGUUGUGCUGAUACAAUAAAAAUAUAUACAAAUUUUAAGCAUAUAUGCCAAGCAUAAAAAUGAACAAAACACAUUAUCCGUAGAAAAUGGACACACGGAUUUGCCAGGAUAGAGAAUCACUUAUAUAUAUACAAUCCAUCCAGAUAGACUAUUUGCGUGCAUCACUAACAGAUCGAAUACUACUCACUGGCAGGCUGUAUUUUUUUCAAAAAUCAUUCUACAGUUUACACCCGGUAACUCGAACCACCGAGGGACCGAGGAAAAUAGACAUAACGAAUGUUCGAGUUAAACGAAUCUCCCGUUUAGUCGAAUUUAGUCUAAAAAGAGAUUAUAGUUAAACCGAUUUUUUGAAGAGGUGGGACAAAAUACGGUAAAAUUGCAAUUUUGACGAUAAAAAAGGCAUAUUCCUUGUAAAUUAAUUUUUUCUUGACAGACAACAUUACCUAUAUUACAUCAGGAGUUAAUAAAACUAAUAAAAACAAAUUAAAAUCUGACAUUUAUCUAGCUUUUGAUUUCCUCUUCUCGAGUAAAAAGUUCAAGUUGUCCGAAAAAAUUAGCCCCAGGGGGACGAAAUUUUGGCCAAGUUACGAAUGUUCGAGUUAUCCAAGGUUCAAGUUAAGGCCGGUUUCCAUACAACUGCAUUUUGCGCCCAGUCGUAAAAAGCGACGUGACUUUUGAUCUACGCAUGCGCAUUAUCAGAAUAAUGCCGCUGACCUCGCGCUUUUGCAUGCGCUGGGGCGAUUUAAAGGGGAAGUCCGGUCAUUUUUCAAAAUUUGUGUGUUGAAUAAACACCAUCGUGUUAUUAAUUUCUGCAAAAUCUUUUUUAAAAAUUCGUAUUACAAAUGAUAUAAAUGUCUAUCAAAGUUUAGGAUUGUUACUGUUUUUUUUCAAACGACGCCAUCUUUUUGUUGUUAUCAUCGAGGUCUGGGCUCUAAUGUUUAUCGUGACGUAUUUUAUGACAACAGCUUUCUGCACGCCGGAAUACUUCAGUUGUCGAUUACACCACUUCAAACAAGUCAUAAAUGUACCAUUGAUUUUACUGUUAUCAUGGUUACUUGUGGUGCUUUAAAUUGUGGUAACUCUUCCACCAAAAAAUCGGUAGCUGAUGUAAAAGGGUGGCAUAACGUUCCCACCGAAAAAGAAAAUAAACAACGUCGUAAGAAAUGGCUAGCAGCUAUGAAGCGAGAUCCACCAUAUCCAGCAGACACGAAUUUCGUUCUUUGUGGUAUGCAUUUCACGUCCGAAUGUUUUCAACGCGAUCUCAAGGCGGAGCUCUGUGGCUCUGUGAGAAAGUUUAUAUUAUUACCAAACGCUAUUCCAUCGGUAUUUUCAUUCUCGAAACCGCUACCUGCAAAGCGUUCUGCAUCCAUUGCAAGAAACGAAAGAAAAACAAAACGCCAGAUUGUGGAUGAAGCUUGUACGGCAGAAGAAAACUCAGGUGGCCCGGAAGCACCUUCCCUAGAACUUGAGCCCCUUUUUAAGGAUGCUAUUACGCAAACUGUUGAUGUCGUCAUGAUCAACAAAGAAGUUAGCUGUGCUACACCAAUGCGAACAAAGAGCACUAUGGUUCCUGCUGUGUUAUGCAAAUCAAUGUCUACUCAGAUGAGUCCAACUUUGUCUUCGACGAACACGCAAACUGUUAUAUUAACUCAAUAUGCUAGCGUUUCCACAGUCAACCUUAUUGCGAAAGAGGGAGAUGAAAUUGGAGAUUGCUCUUCAUUUUGCGCAAGUGAAGUAGAAGAUCGCGCUGAUCCGGAUGCAUCUUUCAAUGUCAGUAGCGAUGUUGAUACGGUCGAUAGUAGUGCCGAUACGGCUGAUAGUGAUGUUAAUGAGCAAGAUGUCGAUGUUAGGGAAGGUACGCAGUCGAUUGCACCUUCAACAAUGUUUCUAGUGUACUUUGAAAUGCUUAAGUCGCUCUUCAAAUUCUGCUUUGAAUGCGGUGAGAAAGCUACUAUCAAAAAACAUAUAACUAAGGGUAGUAUGCUUAUUGUGAAAUUGGUUUGCGCCGGUAACCACGAAGUGACUUGGAGAUCACAACCUUACUUAAAUCGAAUUGCGGAAGGAACGGUAAGGCUGUCUGCUGGAAUAUUGUUCAACGGAUUAACAUUUCAAGGUGUGAAAGAAGCAUUUGAAACUGCCAAUGUUAACUUUAUAAGUAGGUCGCAGUUCCAUGAACUUCAGCGAAGAUUUUUAUUCCCAGCCAUAAAUAGCAUUUUUACGCAUUAUCAGGAAGCCACACUUGUUAGACUCGUUGCGCUUGAGGGUGUCGAUUUAAUUGGAGAUGGUCGCUGUGACUCACCUGGAUUUAGUGCUAAAUAUGGUACAUACAGCCUCAUGGACGCCAUGACAAAUGAGGUGGUGAACUUUUUUAUUUCACACGUUCGUUUAGCAGGAAACUCGGCACGCAUGGAAAAACAUGGACUUGCUGAGUGCUUGGAAUUUAUCGACGAAGCUGGCGUAAUAGUGGACACACUAGUUACCGACAGACAUAGCCAGAUACGAAAGUUUAUGCGCACCGAACAUGAACAUAUAUCGCACCAGUUUGAUGUGUGGCACAUGACAAAAAAUAUCAAAAAAAAGAUUUUGAAAGUUGCAAAAAAAAAGAGCUGUCGUGACUUGAAUGACUGGAUGAAGUCUAUCAUAAACCACUUCUGGUGGGCUUGUUCGACUUGCGAAGGAGAUCCAAUAUUAUUGAAGGAAAAGUGGCAGAGUUUACUCUGUCAUAUCCGUGGGGUACAUUAUUGGGUAAAUAAUACGCUAUAUCAUAAAUGUGCUCAUGAAGAACUUACCCUGCUACAACAAGCUCAGAAGAAGUGGUUAACUGAAGAAAGCCCUGCUUACAUCGCCCUGGAGAAAAUUGUUAAUGAAAAACAGCUACUAAACGAUUUAAAACACGUAGCUGAUUUCAAGCACACUGGACAGCUCGAGGUUUACCAUUCCCUGUUGAAUAAGUACUGUCCCAAACGCUUAACAUUCUCGUACGCUGGGAUGGUUGCUAGGACGCAACUAGCUGUGCUUGACCACAACUCGGGUGUAGAACGACAACAAGCCACUACAUCCGAUGGGAGGUUGAAGUUCAAAGUUUCUUUCACCAAAAUUACGAAGGAGUGGGUGGCAAAAAAAGUAAUGGAUCCGAAAGAAAAGAAAUACCAAGAGGACUUGAUGAAGGAAGUGUUUGAUUUGGUUCAAAAAAUCAAAGCUCCUAUAUUUUUUAAGUUGCCUGAAACACCCAGAAAUAUUGCAUUAAAAAUAAACCCUGGGAAGGAAGUUGUUGUCUCGAAUAUGCGUUCAAGAUUUACCUAAAAGUAACCCCCAGGUUUAUAAAUGAUAUUUAGCAUUACAUCAAGAAACGCUUAUUUUACAAUUCCGGGGGACAUUUGUUAUAUUUUAAAAACAUAUAUUGUAAAAAUUUCAUUCAUCAUCUUUACAAUUAUACAUGUUCUUAUACAUUUUAUGUGUCCAAAUCCAUUCCUGAUUCUGUGUAUGGCACGUAUACCCCAUCGGGCUGCGGGUAUUCAUUACGGAUUACCCACACAACACAUGAUGGUAUAGGCUUUCGAUAACCUAUGCCCAGUCUUCCAUACACCCACCAUAUAUAUUGUUUAUAAGCAGCAAACCGAUAUGAUCUGUUGCAAAGUUUAUGACGAAUCCCUCUCAUGUUGUGAAUAGCACCUAGUGCUGUCCGUAACACGGGUUCCGGCAAACAAACCAUUUUGAAUUCAUCCGAAUUUGUAACACACGUAUGACCUAAGCGAAAAAAGAAAAAAGAUCUUUAAAAAGGCGUACCCCCGUGUGUAAAUAAACAACGUUUAGCUUUCUAAAACUUUGUUGUGACAGAACAGAAAGUGAUUGAUGUAGCAAACAAGGAAGUAAAAUACACGAUAAGAAGAUAUUUUAAUCAACAGAAACCUUGAAAAUGACCGUCCGGAAUAUCAUUAUUAUCACGACAACAUAAACUUUCCGUUUCAGUGACCAUAAUUUUACACUUUUUGCACUGGCACCACUCAACAUUUCCAACACGAUUUCCAGCUUCAACAUUGCAGUUUUUAGCACCAACGUUGUUUCCUAAAGCUUCUAAAGCUGCAGCCACUUCACUUUGACUCCGUUCCGGUUCGAACAUGAAAGGAGAUAAACCAAACUCUUCAUCUUCAUUAAAUUCAACAUCGCUUACAUCAGAAGAGGAAGAUGACAUAACUACUUCAAGAUAAGUUUACUACUGCAAGAAAGUAACGCGCCGAAUGUUGUUGUCACGAAUGACGUCAGAAGAAUAUUAGUGUCCAGACUACUCGUUGCGGAAAUAUAUCAUGAAGUGAAAGUAGAAAUGAUAUGAGGCAAAAUUGCUUUUUUCAUGACUUUUAGAACUUUUUAGCUGAAAAAUUUUUUUUGGCUGUUAUACAGACAUGUAAUAUUGUGAUUUUAAAAAUUUUGAAAAUUUACCGGACUUCCCCUUUAAAAAAAGUUGAACAGGCUCUACUUUUUGCGAGUUACAUUUUGCGCUUCACCUUAACAGCCAAUCAAAAGGUAGCAAUCUACAUGAAUUACGAAAGAAUUUUUAAUUAGAUCAUUUCAAUAUGGCUAGCAACAUCUCGUUUCUGUGUUAAAUUUUUGUCAAAGCCAAAUGAAUGUAGAGAAUCCGAAUAUAUAUCAAUCAAGUGAAGUAGAUGAAAAACAAAAUAACAUUAAUGAGUCUGUGGAGGCACAAAGAAACAACAUUGUAAACAAACUUAAAAAGACUACUCGUGAUCUGACGACAUUAAAUCCAUAAGCAAAACGUUGUAUAGUCCUUUGAUUCUUCUUUCUAUGGAAAGUCGUCUCAUCCACAUGUUUUUCUAACGUAUUUUACAACGUUGUUUAUUUCUCGCCAUAAAAAUAUUGCUAGGACUACUCUCAAAUUUUGCAGCAACAAAUAUCGUCUGUUUACAUCAGCCAUGUUUUGCAAAAAACACGUGAGCAAAAAUCGCUAAAUGGAAAUGGUUCGGUAUAUGUGAUAAAAGUCGCGGCGCAUUUUACGACUGGGCGCAAAAUGUAGCUGUAUGGAAAUUGGCCUUUAACCAGGUUUUUUUAUGAGAAAGUAUUAACGAAAGUUCAGGGGACUCAGGGAAAUAGUUCAAGAUAAAUGAAAGGACCGGGACCUAACUUUAUUUUCUUUUUUAUCUUUUUAUGAAAACUUUGGAAAAAAUAGUGAAUAGCGAAAUUAAAUUCUGCGUAACUCGUCAAUUUUGCCUAUGUUAACUGCGAAAUCAAACUUCUUCCCUUGAGGUAUAAACUAUGUAGCAUUAUUUAUGUAUCAUUAUCCAGUUACACUGCGUUGCGAAGUAUAAGUAUUUAAUUAUGCGAAAUUUUGUUGCUCUAAAGAUCUAAAUUUUUACCCCGAAAGUAAAUUUCGCGGUAUUUCUUCACCUUUUAUAUUUGAUCGUGCUGAUAUUACUAAAAUGUAGUUAGUACUAAAAGGCAUUGGGAAUCUUUAAGGAAAAUUUUUGUUUUAUUUUUAGCGAAAUUUAAUUUUUGAUUAUCCGCGAUUUAAUUUUUGAUUAUCCGCGAUAAAAAUUUCCAGCGAAAUCCACCGAACUUGAUGAACUGAGAAAACGCGAUUUCUCGCUUUUUUAAAUCGCUAAAUUUUCUUCCCGAAAAAAUUCUUGACAAAAAUAAGGAAGGUUUUGAUAAACGUAGCUGGUACUACUACAACUAUUGAAAAAUAGCGGUACAAAACAUAGCAUUAACGAACAUAAAAUUACCUUUAUCGUAAAGCAUUUGAAAACAAAAAUGUAUGACACCUACAUUUUUAUUUAAAUUUAUUUAUGAAGUUAAUUUGUAGUUUAGUUAUAAAAAGAAGGAAAUCGUACAAUUAAUUUCAACUCAAUGAGUUUUUUGUUACCAGCAUUACUCAGGUCACAUUAUUUAUUAUUGUUUUUUAAAUUCUUAUGAUCACCGUUGCUUUGUGUUUAUAAAAUUUCUGUCCGUCAUGUUUGUUUUUGCGAGAGAGAUUCAUUAUUUGCAUGUUAAAAAAGUAGCAGGAUAUUAGGAGAAGAUGAAAGAAGAAUUCCCUUCAAUUUACCACUCUCACCAUCAAUAAUGGUUUUCGUCGUCUAACAGUAUUCGUCAUCUGUGGCGUAGAUAGGUGCUUUAUUAAGAGAAACCUUCGCGAAUUUCGGCCUUUUCUGCGAAACUUCGUCUCGCGAAACUUUUAAAAAUGACCAGUGGUGUAUAAACGUUUUAUAAAUUGUCGAUUCGCGAAAGUUUAUCCAGUAAAUUUCAAAAAAAAUCCAGUUUUAAAAGCGCUGUCUUACCUUACUACAAACUUUCUCCUAGUUGCUACACUGGACCCUUUCGAAAACUUGGAAAUAUAUUUGCAAGAACAAAGAGAUUGUGCUGUCUCUGAAAUGACUUUUUCCCUUUUGUAUCAUUAACAAUAAGUCACUUUCCUGCAAGAACACACAAAAAUAAUUUUUUUGCAUGAUUGUACAAACAUUACUUUUGGUUGUUUGACGCGAAACAGAAACACAAAUUUCAGAUUACUCUCGCAAAAUCUCUCAAAUGUGGUUUCGAAAGUUUAGCCAAAUAAUUUCGCGAGUUUUGAGACUCGCGAAAGUUUUUGUCGCAGAAGUUUAUUUGAUUUACUCAACGUUAUUUGUUUACAGAGAAAAUUUUAAGAACGGAAUGACUGUUAAUGUUUAAGUUUUCUGAUUUGAUUUUGUGAUGAUGCUGUAUAUCCACAGUUGUUUACAUAAAGUCUAAAAGUUAUACUUCUAAAUAUUAAAGAAAAAUAGUGUUAUUAUAAUAAAUCAGAAAAUCAUAGAUAUCAUUAAAAUAUGAUUUUAACUACGCCAGAAAAGUGGGAACAAAGCCUAUUUAUUGGCAUUUUUAGCUAACUUUUAUUACAGCUGCUCGGUCCAAACUUAUUUGUUCUAGUAGACAAUAAAAUAACCUACCUUUUCGUGAAAAAAUAUCAGUCAUAUUUCCUUACGCUGAUUUUAUAUGAUUUUUUUUUCUAUCGAAAUUUUGAGAAUCUCAAUAAUUCUCUUGGUAUACUUCGCGUAGCAAACGUGCUCCACAAUUUCUAAAGCUAAAUUGCUUCGCAAAAAUCAGUUCUUGUUAGCUUGUUUGUGAUACUUUGAGGAGUUAUCAAUAAUAUCAAGAAACGAUAAUUUUUAAAAAGUCUUUUUUUUCAUGGUGGAAGUGAAUAUUACAGUGUUUAGCGUUAAUAUAAUCGAAAAUAAAGUAGCAUCAUUUUUAUUUCUAAAAGCACAAUCUGCAGUAGAAUAACCGCUUAUUGCCUCAAUGAUUUGUUAACCAAUUUUUUUAAAGGCGAAAGUCGUCACGUUGAGCACGUUGGUUCAAGGCCCACGUAUUAAAGUGCUCAUUAUUAGGUGAUAUUUAAAAGCGCUUUUACGCGCACUGAUCGACUUAAAAGUCCAAAUCAUUUUGACUUUUUUAAGAGCACUGUCUUCAUUUCGACCAAUGAAUUUGCUUGUAUGUCCGCCAUAUUGGUUUUGUGCGUGCCUUUCUUUUUCCCUUAAACAUUUUACCGCUUGGACACACGACUGCGCAGCACUAAGCACGUCGUGCUUGGCAAUUGAAGUGGAUUUUCACCUUAAAUAACCCAUAAAAAUCAAAAUAUGUUGAGACAAAACAGCUAAUUUCGAAGUUCGCCACCAGAAGAAAUUCCGUAGGCCAUUUCUAUAUUAGAUUCACACAUUUUGAACUGGUGAAAGUUCACUUGUUGUGUUUAGAGUGGACUUAAUGAUCCAAUGGUCAGAGUGAACUUAGGUUUUUUUGGUUAAGUCUAAAUUCAAAAUUAAAUGUGCUAAUUGUUGCUGACGUCAGUGACGUGGAUUAUUUCGGUGUGCGGGCGUGCUAGAAAUUGUGACUAGCAAAUUUUCACCGCUGUCUGCCUGGACUACGUGUGUAAAAGUAGCGCCUUUGCAGACUACAGGCUGCAGAGCAUUGACUGUUUGACAUUUUUGUCCAUAUUUGAAAAAUAAGGAUAACUAUCUUUGUCUUAAUAUUUUUGUACAAGCUUUCUUCAAGGAUAUUAAAAUUCAGUUUUACCAAUACGAAAGUUUAAACACAAACGAAUGUGUCGGAGCAAAUUCCUAAAAUUCAAAUCUACCAAUUAACACAAAAUAAUUUGUCAGAGCAAACCUCAAAUUAGUUAAUUGCGACCCAGCGUAAUAUUUCCAUCUGUACUUUCCGAUUCCCCGUUGGGAAGAAAAAUUAUGCUGGGUCUCCUGAUCCACUACGAGUCACAUCGACGCAAUACCAGGCGUAUACGAAGGAAUGAUGAUCCCUGAAAGUGUUUUAGAUUUUCAUAUAAACUAUAUAGGAUUCUUGGUUGUGUGACAAGCAUACCUAAUAGUUAAACAUAGUCAUUUUUCUCAGCCUAAGUUACCUUACUAGAGUUAUAUAUAAAUGUAAAUUUUGUCAUGUCAUGUCAAAAAAAUUAAUAAUCUACCUGGCUUGAAAUAAGUAUAACAAACACAGCUUGUACAGUUUUUAUUCGAUAAAAAUUUCGAGGGAAAACUUUCGCGAGGGAAAUUUAAAAUCUUUGACCUUUUUCGCCAACUUUGUUUUCAAAACUUUCAGAAAGCACAAUUCUAACUUAUGUUAAAUACUCUAUCAUAAAAAAUGUAGGGCAAGUGCUCAAAAACAAAUAGCACUGCUUGUAACGAUAAGGUAAAAACAUCUUCGGUAGGACUUUUCAAUUUGAAGUCAAGGAAACAAGAAUCUUUUUUUCAGCAAGGAAAACAUUAAAAUCAAAAAUCGCGAAAGUUAGCUGUCCUGCGAAAGUUAGCUGUCUUGCGAAAGUUUUCCCGAUAUACUACAGAUAUUGGACUCCCUAGAAAUAGUGACUCCCCAGAAAUAGUGACUCCCCAGUCAGUAUAAACCAGAGAAAAGUAACUUCACUAGAGUCACAAUAAAUUAAAACAUAGUGACUCUCCUAGUCACUUCACUAUUUAGUUAAAAAGGACUCGGUCAUAAAUAACAAAUCAAAGAGGAGGUUAUUAUGAACUAUUGUUAUCCGUCUGGAUUUUCAAGCAGGACAAUACGAGUUUGUAGGCAUUCUGAUUGGCUUAGCACUCUUGACGACGGGUGUAGUAGAAUAUUCUGCCACCCCUUCCCCCGUAGUUGUGACUAAUUACUUUAAGUAUCAAAUAUUUGUCCGAUUGCGUUCAAGAUGGCGGAGUUCACUGUGUUGACUGUACACAAAACUAUCAGAGGGAUAUAGGUUAGUAAAAUUGCAUAUAUUACAGCCAUAUAUUUGUUCAUAUUUAGCUUAGUGACAAUGUAUUACAUUACAUAUUAUAUUUGUUGACUUAUAGCCCUUUUGAUUGUGUUUUAUAUGCUUUAUUCAUAUUACAGAAAAAUUCUUUGAGAACAUAUUAUAUUAAUACGAACUUUUUCGUUGCAUAUUAUUACAUUGUCAGGUAAAAUGAAUUACUAAAACUGUAUUACGAUUAUAUACAUUAAGACGUAAAACUAAUAGAUGAGUUCCGUUGUUUAUAUUUUUACCAGUAAGCUCUUUCGAAACUCGAUACUUGUGAAUCAUGCCAAAGAAACAUUGAGGCUACUGUCUUAUUUCUGAGCAGCUUAGGAUUUACUAUAUAUACAUCUGUUACAAUGAGAUACUUCAUCAGAAACUGUACAUAACGUGAGUUAAAGCUGUCAAAUAGCACAGUAAUAUAACAACAGGACGCUAAUCGCUUGAACGAACUCGUUAGCAUCAUUCGGUAUGUUGUAAUUAGUAUAUGAUAGAUGAGAUUUAGUUAGAUAUAGAACGAGCUAUACCGCGAACUGCUAGAUCGAGCCUUCCGGCUCGGCCGAUGUCAGCAGUGAGUGGUACGCUCUGGAGGCACUGCGUAGUUAUUUUGGAAAGAACAGGGAUUUGUCGCAAUAAAUAUGGUGUUUUUCCUGUAAAUAUAAUCAUAUGUAACAACAACAAAAAAGCACCUUUAACAUUGGAGUUCACUGCCCGGAUACGUUAACUGGUUUAGGUCUGUAUAGACUAAUGAUAACCAGCCGGAAUCUCCUGUUAUGAAUUGCUGAAGCUGAAAGACGAAAUUUUGAUGGUGGCAGCUAAUGCUAAAAAAAGAAAUAAUGAUGCGAUAAUAUAUGACUUUGUCGACCUUCACUGAUCGUUAAGAAACGUGUUUUGGGUAAUAUUGAAUAGUUAAUACUUUUCGCCGUUCCGAGGCAUAUAUCGGAGAAUUAGCCGUCCCGAGGCAGAUAUCGGAGAUUUAGCCGUCCCGAGGCAGAUAUCGGAGAAUUAGCCGUCCCGAGGCAGAUAUCGGAGAAUUAGCCGUCCCGAGGCAGAUAUCGGAGAACCAAUUAACUAUCCUAUAGUGCUCAGAAAUUAUUUACUUGAUGUUCAGUGAUAACAAUGACAAGAUACAAAUAUUAUUGAAACGUUUCUUUGAUAUGAGGCUGGACUUAAAAAUCGUGAUGACAGAAAAGCUGAUGAUAAACGACAUUGAAACAUUUUCGUUAAAGAGAAAAAAAUGAAGCCGUGAUACAUGGGGAUAUGAACCCGUAAUGUGGUUAAUGAGAAAAAGAAUGUUGUACAUAGACUUCAGAUUUUGCGUGACGUAAAUGUUUUUUAUUGGAGUCUGGGGACAGACUCUUGUGACAGAGAGGGUAAUGUUACAAUGAGAUACUUCAUCAGAAACUGUACAUAACGUGAGUUAAAGCUGUCAAAUAGCACAGUAAUAUAACAACAGGACGCUAAUCGCUUGAACGAACUCGUUAGCAUCAUUCGGUAUGUUGUAAAUAGUAUAUGAUAGAUGAGAUUUAGUUAGAUAUAGAACGAGCUAUACCGCGAACUGCUAGAUCGAGCCUUCCGGCUCGGCCGAUGUCAGCAGUGAGUGGUACGCUCUGGAGGCACUGCGUAGUUAUUUUGGAAAGAACAGGGAUUUGUCGCAAUAAA